AAGAGCUUAGCGCGUGUUUGAAUGAAUGGUCAACAUCAGUCAACAUCGUCAACAUGAUCAUCGAUUGAUCUGUGAAUCGUCAAAGGUGAAUGCUCGUUUGCUGCAACUUGCAUUGUUAUAGAUGGCUAGGAUCUUAUCCAAAAAACAGUAAAUAAGGCGUAGAUCUAUCAUGUUUCGUUACUCGUUUCAUAAAACUUUGAUAAAUGUAUACCAUGUUUUUACUCCUAGAAAGUAUUUAUGUUCUAACCUCAAAUUCAAAUCAAAAAAAUGUGAAAAAGUUCUUUACAAUGCAUUACCAAAACCAGAAUUGGAUAUUAAAUACUUGUGUGAUGCUAAAAAUAAAGAAAUUAUUGAAUUAAACAUUAAAAAAAGAAAAGGUGUGGGAAAUAUUAACCGGGUUCAAGAGUUAUAUCACCAAUUUGAAAACGCAGUUUCCCAAGACAAGUUGGCACUUGAAGAGGAAUUCCUUAAAGAAGCUCUUCAACUUCCUAACAGUUCACAUCCACAACUUCUUAGUUAUGCUGAUGAUCCAAAGAUUGUGAAUAAAAUUAAUGAAAAGAAAGUUUUUACCUUUAAACCUAAGGAGUUUAGCACAAUCACAAAAAUACUUAAGGUAUUAAAAACUGAAAACUUGGGAAAUUUUGCUGGUCACAAAAGUUAUUAUUUAUUGGGGGGAUUGGCGGAAAUGGAACAGGCUCUGAUUAAAUUAGCACUUCAAAACUUACUUCAGAAAGGCUUCAAGUUAGUACAUGUACCUGAUAUAUUACCUAGACACAUAAUUGAAAGUUGUGGCAUGAACACCAGAGGAGAAAGAACACAGGUGUAUGAACUCGAUUCUGAAAAACACCUUCCAGAUAUGAUAUUAUCAGGAACAUCAGAAAUGGCUCUAGCUGGAUACUUAAUGAACAAAGUCUAUUCAUCAAAUGAUCUACCUUUAAAAUAUAUGGCUGUGAGUAGAUGUUAUCGAGCUGAAACAUCAGCUGUUACAGAAGAAAGAGGUAUAUAUAGAGUACAUCAAUUCACAAAGGUGGAAAUGUUUGGAGUCACAGAACCAGAGAAUUCUCAUACAGUUUUGGAAGAAUUUAGAACUAUUCAGGAAGAGUUUUUUGCUUCAUUUGGUCUUCACUUCGUAACACUGGAUAUGCCUCUUCAUGAGUUAGGUGCCCCUGCCUUUAGGAAAUAUGAUAUUGAAGCUUGGUUACCAGGUCGAGGCAUUUAUGGUGAAGUGUCUAGUUGUAGUAAUUGUACAGAUUAUCAGUCACGUCGGCUUAAUAUAAAAUAUAGUCCAUCUGGAAGCAAUAAACUAUUACAUGUACACACUAUAAAUGGAACAGCUUGUGCCAUUCCUCGAAUGCUAAUUGCUCUUUUGGAAACAAAUCAACAAUCAAAUGGAUCAGUUCAAAUUCCAGAAGUUCUACAACCUUUUAUGAAUGGAAAGACCAUCAUCACAAGAGAAGAAAAUCUUCCCAAAUUCCAUUUAAUCAGAACAAAACUUAAGUAGAUGUGGGAGUGACAAAUUACCAUUUUUCAUACUACUGAAUAUCUUUAUCUAUAAAGGUAUUGUUUUUAGGGACAAAAAGCAUCUGUUUUAAAGAAUGCUAAUUGUUAAAUUUAUUGUAUUAGGUAUACAUGAGAUAGCACAUUUUUCUUUGAUACAAAUUAUAAAUUUAUGACAGUGUUUUGAACAGAAAAAUAAAUAUUUCAUUAGUUGUGUGAAAGUCACUGAAUGAAAAAAAAAAUUGCAAUAAUUCCAGUUAGUAAAUUUGUGGGAGAUGUAUAUAGCUAGAAAAUUACGAUGUUCAAUCCUAGAAAAGAUAAACAUCCUUUUGGAUUAGAAGCAAUUGUUAAUCAGUGUAACCCAUUGUGUAAUUGAAACAUAUGGAUGUUGUUAUAUAAUUGUAUAUAUUUUAAUAAACAUGUAGUGUUUUGUUAUUGUGGAAAAUAUCUAUUACAAUACCUUCAAUUAGAAGUAAAGAUGAUACAAAUUCUACAAAAUAGUUUUUGUUGACUCAGGAAAAUUAAGGGUGCACAUGAGGGUGUUAACCAAUACUACAUAGAUUCAGGAAAUAGAGAAUUCUGAGUGUUUUGUUUAUCAGACUAGUAAACAUCUAGAAAAGGCAUCCUAACAAAUUCAUAAUUAUUUCAUUACGUCAACUUUCAAUUUUUGUGGGUAGUAGUAAAAAGUAUUUACCUACACUUAAUUAAAAAAAAAUUCUGUUUCUAUUGGUUUACUGCAGUAUUCUUAGUAGCUUUUAGUCUUUCAAGUGUUCCUGCUGUUGCCAUUUCUUUUGUGGAUUUCCUAUAUCUCUGUUUCCUC